AUGAGGUGGCAGACUGCGACCAAAAUCGUGCUCUGGCUGCCUGUUGGCGUGACGGUCAACGCGCUGGGCGUGAGUCUCGCGAGCGUCAAAGGCCGAUCCAUGCAGCCCGCACUGAACGACGGACUGUCUCAAGACGCCGUGCGCGACCGCGUGCUGCUCGACAAGUUCUCGGUGCAGAUACGUCAUCGCUACAGGAGGGGCGACGUCGUUGUACUCGCAUCCCCCGAAGCUCCGGGGCAGUUUCUGACCAAGCGACUCGUGGGACUCGAAGGAGAUGUGGUGACGGACCGCAGGGGCCGCUACUGUCUGGUGCCCCCGGGUCGGUGCUGGGUCGAGGGCGACAACCCGACGUGCAGUGACGACAGCAACGCGUUCGGACCUGUGCCGCUGGCGCUCAUUGACUCGCGCGUACUGGCAGUCGUAUGGCCAUGGAAGGAGGUGAAGGUCGUGCGUCGAAAGCUGCUGCCGGACCGCGUGGAUGUGUAG